UCGAGGUAUUUGCAUAAUUGCUCGUGCCUCAUUUCCCAGGUGAUUUAAGAGGGUGGUAGGGAGGUGCCACAGGAUUAGAGAUCUGUUUGUGGGAUCCACCCUCCUUUUGACAUUCACCAUGGCCUGGAUCCUUGUUCUCGUCACAUGUCUCAGUUACUGUUCAGGUAUGUUUGUGGAUACCUAACGUAUUAUUUGACUUGACUUCUGUUACUUUUCACGAGAAGAUAAUAAUUUUCUGAAAUCUGAGGGCACAGAAAAUGAUGCAUGUACCAGCAAGAAAGCUAUAGUCUUUCCUAAUAUUUGAGAACACUGGAAAUGAUUCGUGUGCUUUUAUUUGAUUUUUCUUUCUGCAAAGGUGUCACAGCGCAGACAACAUUGAUCCAGCCUGCCUCUGAGUCUGUGCUCCCGGGUCAAACUGUCAAACUCUCCUGCUCUAGAAGUAGUGGCAGCUUGGCUUAUUAUAGCUGGUAUCAACAGAAAGGUGGACAGGCUCCCCGUUUCGUGUUCUAUCGUACCAGCACCCGGGGAGACGGGAUCCCUGAUCGGUUCACUCCCUCUGUCUCUGGGAACACUUACUAUUUAACCAUCUCCAAUGUCCAGGCUGAAGACGAGGCAGUUUAUUACUGUACUGACUGGGUGACAGGCAGUAACGUGUUCCACGGUGGUACAAUCUAAUGGGGAACUGAUACAAAAACCUCUCUCACACACUUCCCCUAGAGUUUUCAAACAAGGAUCGCUCAGGAGCUGACUUAUACCAGAGAAGAAUGACAGAUCAAGUUGAUGGAUCGUGCUGAAAUCGUUAAAAUGACCGGAAGAAUCAGAAAUCAGGAAGGCCAAGAACUUCCACUUCUGAGAACACUGUUUAUUUACAAUUUCCAACCUCCUGGCUAAAUUGUAUUCUCCUCAGGGGUGUCAACCUGAAUAAAAUAUUCUUAGGGGGGAGAGACAAGUAAGCCCUGCCCCACAACGCUGAUCACAGGACACGACCCACACAGCACCACUUGAAUGGCAAUGCCCAUCAACUGGGGGGGGGGGGGAGAGGCAGCCCCAUCAAACAUUUUAUUGGAGGGAGGGCAAAGGGACUUCAGCCCCUAGGAGUUGGCUCCUAUGAUCCCCCUUGUUGGUUUUGAAUGCUAUUUACUGGCUUUCUGCUGUUGUCUGGGUUUUGACUGCUUUGAUAGUUUUCAGUACUAUCUAUUGCAGACUUCCUCAAACUCGGCCCUCCAGAUGUUUUUGGCUUACAACUCCCACGAUCCCUAGCUAGCAGUGGUCAGGGAUAAUGGGAAUUGUAGUCUUAAAACAUCUGGAGGGCCGUGUUUGAGGAAGCCUGAUCUAUUGUCUUUGUGUCCUUUUGGUUUUAUUUAGGGAACCGCCAACAGGCCAUGAAUGAUCGGGGUGUAUAAUACAGUGGUACCUUGGGUUACAGACGCUUCAGGUUACAGACUCCGCUAACCCAGAAAUAGUACCUCGGGUGAAGAACUUUGCUUCAGGAUAAGAACAGAAAUCUCACGGUGGCAGCAGUGGGAGGCCCCAUUAGCUAAAGUGGUACCUCAGGUUAAGAACAGUUUCAGGUUAAGAACGGACCUCCGGAACGAAUUAAGUUAUUAACCCGAGGUACCACUGUACUGGCAAAAUUUAUCAUUUUUGAGUACCUUCUGGAUGGGACGUUGGAGUUCAUCUAACUGCUGAAUGCCGGAAUCUUGCAAACCUCAGCAUAUCUGACAGGUAGCUUCCCGUCCAUCGCUUAAAUGCCACCAUAGUGGAAGAUCCUAUCAUCUCUCAAGUCGUUUGAUCUAUUAUUGAGCAGCUUGUUACCAUUGUGAGGUUAUUAUUAUUAUUAUUUAUUAAAUUUAUAUACCGCCUGUCAGGGAACUGCCAUCGGAAGGAAGGGAGGUGAAAGGACUCAGACAGGUUGGAAGAGACUCAGCAGCUGAAGAGGGAACCAGCAAGGGGAGAGAAGCUGAACUGAGGGAGGUGAAAGGGCUCAGACAGGUUGGAAGAGACUCAGCAGCUGAAGAGGAAACCAGCAGGGGAGAGAAGCUGAACUGAGGGAAAGGGAGCUGGGGGAUGGCUCAGAGAUACUUCCAGCGAAAACAGUGGUGAGGUUUCCGGACCUCCUGUAGGGACACCCACCUCGCCGGAAACUGUCACGCAGAGAGUCCAGAAGACGUGUUUCCGUUAAGGAGCUUUUAUGUUGGAAGCGAUUACGAAAGCAACCACUGUCGGAAUCUUCUAGUGACUAGAGGAGCCAUGUCAGAGGGGCUCAGUCACAGACAGAGGUUUGUGGACUUGAACAAACUCUGAGGGAAUACGAUUUUACGCACAAGCAGCUCAUCUUCCCAUCACAGCAUUCCGACAGUCUUUGAACGCAGCUUGUGCAGGAGAAGGCAUAAUGAGCAACCCAGCAGGAACCGGAGAAGCAGGGGCUGGAGCGGGUCCAAGCCUGGAAGAAAGGUGUUGGAGGUCCAGCUGGCGCUGCAGACGGCGAGGCUGGAGGAGAGGAGGGCUCAAGAUGCAGACAAAAGGGAGAAAGCCACCCAGCUCGCCAGAAAGGUACCAGGAUUGGUGCAGAAAUUUGGGGGGGAGCCCAAAGACUAUCAUAGCUUCGGACAGAAAUGCAAAAUGCCCUCAAUCUGCAGUUUGAUGAUUUCCUGAUGAGGAAUCACGAGUGGCUUUUGUGAUUGGGCAUCUUGAAAAGGGGCGAGAGACUGGGUUAGACCCCUGAUGGCAGCGCAUAGUGACGUCCUAAAGGACACGAUGAAGUUCUUUCGCGCCAUGGAUCUGAUGUUUUCCAGCGAUAUUGAAAAGGGAGUGGUGCGUAGACAGUUAAUGGCUUGCAAACAGGGAGCCGAUCUGUACGUGAGUACUGGACUGAGUUCACCAUGCUGAUACACAGAUUGGGGUGGGACUUAUCGGCGGAACCCAUUCAAAUGCUCUUUGAAGAAGGGCUUUCUUCGGCUGUGAAAGAUGAACUUUCCCGGGCGCCCAGGGCGGAGUCUAUGGACCAGCUGACCAAAUCAGCGCUGGCCAUAGGAGCGCGCCAGGAGGCGAGAGCAUUGGAGAGGCGGGAAGGGAAGGGGAACGUUGGAAGGAGUUCCGCAUUCCAGACAUUCCAGAGCCAACUUUCCCGCCGGCAGAGCCGAUGGAAAUCGGAACAGCGCGCGCGCGCGCAGUUUCAAAGCCCAGUGAGGGGGGAAAAAAAGGAGGGAAAAGGCGCCCGGAAAUGCUAUCUCUGCCAACAGCCAGGGCACUUUGCCAGAGUCUGCCCCCAGAGGAAGGAAUGGCAAGGGAUGGUGGGAGCUGUGGAGGGAAGAGAGGAAAAGAUACCGGAGCAACUAAAAGCCAACGCCUGGCUGCCAUUGUCGGGGCACAGCAGCCAGGCCAAAGAGCAGUGAAAGUGCCCACGCCAGAACCUCCUAAACCCGCCCUAGUGAUAGAAGUGACACUAGAGCUGCCAAACGGACACCCUCUAAAGAUAAAGGCGCUGUUGGACUCAGGCAGCUCCUGCAAUUUCAUGAGCAAAGAGUUUGCAGCUGAACACCAGAUACAGACGCUCCCUUUAAGCAACCCCCUGCAGGUAACCACGAUCGAUGGCAGGGAGCUGUUGGGAGGAGAAGUCAGCUUGCAGACCGUCCCAAUGAUAAUGAAGGUGGCAAGGCACACCGAACUAAUAGCGUUUAAUGUGGCCACCUUGGGAGGAGCUCCCAUUAUAUUGGGGAUGAGCUGGCUAGCGUUACAUGAUCCGCUGGUGGGCUGGCAUCAAAGAGUGGUUUCUUUUGGGUCAGCACAUUGCUUAGAACACUGCAAAGAGGGAAAGGUUUUGGCAGGGGCCCAAGCCACCCUAGCAGGGACUGAAGUAACGGAGAACGUGAAGGUACCACGACAAUACGCAGAUCUCCGCGACGUCUUCAGCGAAAGGGAAGCUGACCAACUACCACCGCAUAGAGCCUUUGACUGUCAAAUCAAUUUGCUCCCUGGGGCACAGCUCCCUGUGGGCAAGCUGUACGCCAUGUCAGACAGAGAGAUGCAGGAGCUAAGAGAGUUCAUUGACAAGAACCUGAAGAGAGGGUUCAUCAGAGAGUCCAGGGCGGUGGGGGCAGCCCAGUGUUUUUGUGGACAAAAACACGAACAAGCCGAGACUGGUGUGUGACUUCAGGGCCUUAAAUGCAGUGUCAGAACCAGUGGCCUUCCCGAUGCCCAGGAUUGACGACAUUUUGACAAGGGUGCGGAAGGGAAAGAUUUUCACCAAGCUGGAUCUAAGGGGGGCGUACAACCUGAUACGAAUAAGGAAGGGGGAUGAAUGGAAAACCACCAUGUUCACCCCUUUAGGGGCAUUUGAAUACUUAGUUAUGCCCUUCGGUCUACAAGCAGGCUCCGCAACAUUUCAAUCGUUUAUGAACCACGUCCUGGGGCCGUUGCUUUACAAGAAUUGUGUGGCCUUCUUAGACGACGUGUUGGUGUAUUCGGAGAAUGAGGAGCAGCAUGUGAGAGACGUCAGAGAAGUGUUGAGCAGGCUGCAAGCCAACCAGCUGUGGGUGAAACUGGAGAAGUGUCAGUUUCAUACCAAGGAGGUGGAAUUCCUGGGGUAUCGCCUGUCUGACAAGGGGUUGGCCAUGGAUCCCGGCAAGGUCCAGGCGGUACUGGAAUGGAAAACACCCAAAACAAGGAAGGAUGUGCAGAGGUUUUUGGGAUUUGGGAACUUCUAUCGUAAGUUCAUCCCAAACUUUGCCCACCUGACGGCGCCCAUUACGGACUGUCUCAGCAGUAAGAAGAAGUUCGUUUGGACGGAGGAGGCGGAGCAAGCAUUUGAGGAACUAAAAGGGCCUUCGCCUCGGAACAACAGCUCCUGCAUGUGGAUUUACAAAAACCGAUGAGAGUGGAAACUGACGCAUCAGACAGAGCGGUUGGGGCGGUGCUUCUCCAGCCAGGGAAGGAGGAGUCAGAGUGGAGACCGUGUGCUUUGUUCAGAAGCUGAACAAAUCCGAGAGGAACUACACGGUGUAUGACCGAGAACUACUAGCCAUUCAUGAGGCGUUCCGGAGAUGGAGGCACCUGCUAAUUGGCGCACAACAUAAGGUGCAAGUGUGCACUGACCACAAGAACCUAGAGUAUUGGAGGACGGCACGAGUGCUCAACCAACGGCAAGUGAGGUGGGCCCAGGAAUUCUCCAAAUUUAACUUUGAGAUUUGUUACGUGCCAGGCCCAGAGAACAUUAGGGCGGACGCUCUCUCACGCAAACCUGAAUAUUUGGAGGGGAGGAGCACCCGAAGAGAGACAUGUCAUUCCAGAGGACCGCUGGGUGUGUGGGGCGGCAUUGGUGGGACAAAGAGAACUGGUAGAAGAAACAGAGAAUGAUGAAUACGCCCAGAAUAAGCUCAGAGGUCUUAGGGAUGAGGGAGAGGAAUCAAGGGGUUUCGAGGAAAGAAAUGGAGCUUUGUAUUACAAAGGGGCACUGUAUAUCCCUGAAGGAGACUUAGGGGGAGGGUACUCAAGCAGUUGCAUGACAGCCCCACGGCGGGGCAUUUUGGGCAACACAAAACCAUGUGGUUGGUCACCAGGGAAUUUUGGUGGCCUAAGGUGAGGGAGGAUGUACGUGAGUAUGUAAGAGGGUGCGAGCAGGGCCAGCGAGCCAAAGGGGAAAGGCGGGCGCCGGCGGGGCUAUUAGAAUCCUUACCAACACCAGAACGACCUUGGGAGGCAGUGUCGAUAGAUUUUAUGACUGAUCUGCCGAAGUCCAAAGGGAAAACAGCCAUCAUGGUGGUGGUAGACCUACUAACAAAGAUGUGCCACUUUGUAGCUUGCUCGCAUGCAGUCACGGCGGAAGAGACAGCGAAGUUAUUUGUAGAACACAUUUUUAGGUUGCACGGGGUGCCAUUGAGGGUGGUCUCAGACCGAGGAAAACAAUUUACUUCCAGGUUCUGGAGGAAGCUCAUGAGCUUACUGCAGGUGGAGGUCAACUUCUCGACUGCCCGGCACCCUGAAACCAACGGGCAGGCGGAAAGAGCAAACGGUGUCCUCCAGCAAUACCUGAGGUGUUAUGUCAAUGACAGAGAGAAUGACUGGGUAGAAAAGUUGGCGCUGGCGGAAUUUGCCUACAACAAUGCCGAGAAUGUGUCCACAGGGAUGAGCCCCUUCUUGGCUAAUUAUGGGUGUCAUCCCAGGGCUUUCCCAGGGGAGAAGGGGAGAGAUGGAGCGUACCGGCAGCCGAGCAUUUUGUAGAAGAAAUGGAAGCAAUCCACCGUCAGCUCCAACUCAACUUAGAAAGGGCGAAGGAAGAAUACAAGAGGCAGGCAGACAAGAACCGAAGGGAAGGUGAAACCAUAAGGGUUGGAGAUAGGGUGUGGCUGUCAACCCGAGGGCUGCCGCUCAAAGGAGGUUGUAAGAAAUUAAGACCCAGGAGGUUGGGUCCCUUUGAGGUCAUUCAACAGGUCAACCCAGUGGCUUUCAGGCUCCGGUUACCCAACCACAUGAAACUGCACCCAGUAUUUCACAGGUCGUUACUGUCACCGUACGAGGGGACGAGAAGGGAUGGCCACUCGGGGACCGGUCAUAGAAGAAAGAGAAUGCAGCAGUCAUGUGGCAGAAAUCCUUGAUGCCAGGUGGAAGGGGAAUCAGGUGGAGUAUUUGGUAGCGUGGGAAGGAGAACCGGAGUCAGAAAACACGUGGGUAAUGGCCGAAGAUAUCAAUGACGAGGUAUUGAUAGAAACGUUCCAUCAAAGGUUCCCGAGGAAACCUCAGCCUGUGGAGAGGUUCCGGAGGGAAUACUUUGGGACCACUGAGGAGGAGGAGGAGUUGGAAGGAUUCCCAGAAUCGGAAGGGGAGGGGAGAUGGACUCGGAGGAGGAGGAGUGCUUCGAGACCAGGAACCGCAACAGGUGGAGAGAAGUGUUCGAGACAUCGGAAGAUGAAGGAAGUUCAUUCCGGGUUUUGCCUCCUCACCGCCCGUAGAGGAGGGGCGAGAGGCGGUGAAGGGGGCCCUGGAGGGGGAGGUGGAUGUCAGGGAACUGCCAUCGGAAGGAAGGGAGGUGAAAAGGACUCAGACAGGUUGGAAGAGACUCAGCAGCUGAAGAGGGAACCAGCAAGGGAGAGAAGCUGAACUGAGGGAGGUGAAAGGGCUCAGACAGGUUGGAAGAGACUCAGCAGCUGAAGAGGAAACCAGCAGGGGAGAGAAGCUGAACUGAGGGAAAGGGAGCUGGGGGAUGGCUCAGAGAUACUUAAAUCGAAAACAGUGGUGAUGUUUCCGGACCUCCUGAAUGGACACCCACUCCUCGCCGGAAACUGUCAAGCAGAUAGUCCAGAAGACGAAAUUCCGUUAAGGAGCUUUUAUGUUGGAAGCGAUUACGAAAGCAACCACUGUCGGAAUCUUCUAGUGACUAGAGGAGCCAUGUCAGAGGGGCUCAGUCACAGACAGAGGUUUGUGGACUUGAACAAACUCUGAGGGAAUACGAUUUUACGCACAAGCAGCUCAUCUUCCCAUCACACCGCCCUAUACCUAGGGGUCUCUGGGAGGUUCACAGAAUAAAAUCAAGAUAUAAAACCACAAAAUACAUAAUAAAAGUAAAAGCAACCACCCAAUAGCUCCCCUCCCCCACAAAAAACCCCCACAUUUUAAAAGGGCAUAGGAAGUAAAUCAGAUCAACCAAAGGCCUGGUUAAAAAGGAACGUUUCUGCCUGGCGCCAAAAGGUGUGUAAUGAAGGCGCCAGGCAAACUCGCCUGGGGAGAGCAUUCCACAGAUGGGGAGCCAAUGUAUUAUUAUAUACAUUGUUAUAUGUGUAACGUUAUACAAAAUAUAUAUUCCAGGUUUCCAAAAGGAAUUAGCAUCUAAACUGAUAUAGUGCGACACCGCAUAGCUGUAUCAAAAUGAGUACGAACUAUGUAGAAGAAUAAACAGAUUCACACAUUUACAAUAUACAUGUGUGUGUUCACUGCCACUAAACUAUGAUCCUUCCACAACAAUACAAAGCAGGACCUCCCGUGAAUGUUGUUUUCAAGCACAACUUCACACAACCAAAGUUGAACACACCCUUUCUUCCUGGUGGGGAAAGCAAGGGGAAUGUGAAUGCAUAAGACUGACUAAACAAAAUUAAAAAAAUUCCUUUCAGUAGCACCUUAGAGACCAACUGAGUUUGUUAUUGGUAUGAGCUUUUGUGAGCAUCCACACUUCUUCAGAUUCUUCAUGCACAUGAAAGCUCAUACCAGUAAGAAACUCAGUUAGUCUCUAAGGUGCUACUGGAAGGAAUUUUUUUAUUUUGUUUCGACUACGACAGACCAACACGGCUACCUACCUGUAACUAAGACUGACUGGAUUGUGAUUUCAGUAUUGUUACAAAAACUGAACUGUUGGGGUGAAGCGAAGCGUCAGAAUGUUUUUUCUUAUGCCUGACUACUCGCUUGAGGAGGAGCUGGCUUCCUGCACAACACCUUGAAAUCAACCUGAAUUGGGCAGCCUCAAUUUGCUGGUACGUGACUGAAUCUCACCUGAAAAUAAUGGCAAGCUGGAAUUGCCUUAAAUGAAGAAAUAGUUGGAGCUGCUAUAAUGCAGAUUCCCAUAAAUAAAAGGUUUCAACACCAAGGCAGACACAACUGGCUGUCUUAGACACAACUGGCUGUUCUUAUGCCUGACGACUCGCUUAGGAGACAUUUGCAUGAGGAGCAGUGCUGAUGAGCCACUCCCCCCCCCCUCCAUAAUCACAGUUUGCAAUGGAGAGAAGUUUCCAUUGUAACCUGGACAAAGCUUCAGAGUUCGGGAGCUGAUUUUAUUUCUUAAUUCCCACCUUUGUUGUGAGUCCCUGAAUCUGAGAAAGGAGGGUGGUGGGUUGGCUUCUUUCAACAAGGAGUGCUUAAAUACGUUUGCAUAUUAUUAUUAUUAAAGGUAAAGGGACCCCUGACCAUUAGGUUCAGUCGUGACCGACUCUGGGGUUGCAGCGCUCAUCUUGCUUUAUUGGCCGAGGGAACCAGCGUACAGCUUCCGGGUCAUGUGGCCAGCGUGACUAAGCCGCUUCUGGCGAACCAGAGCAGCGCACGGAAACGCCGUUUACCUUCCCGCCGGAAGCACUUUGACGUGCUUUUGAACUGCUAGGUUGGCAGGAGCAGGGACCGAGCAACGGGAGCUCACCCUGUCACGGGGAUUUGAACCGCCAACCUUCUGAUCAGCAAGUCCUAGGCUCUGUGGUUUAACCCACAGAGACACCUGCGUCCCUAUUAUUAUUAUUAUAAUUAAGCAUCAUCAACAUUCAGCGAUAUGUUCAAGCCAGGCAAAAUCAUUGGGCAAAAGGAGGCAGCUACAGGAGAAGGCGGGGACGGGACACUCCUCCUCCUCUUCAGUCCAGUCUCUGACACCACCGUUUAAAUGAGGUUUUGCAGUUCAUGCAAAUCCAACCUUCACAAGCUAUUGGAUACAAAAUGGUCAACCUGAAACAGUCUCAAGGAGGCUGCUGCUGCUGCAACUGGACUCCUGGGAAUUCUUUGCUCAACUUCGCUUGCGGCUAUGUGAAUUCACAUUUGCACCUGACAGAGACCCUGACAGAACUUGCACGUCUGAAUUCAGCUCUGAUUAAAGGGUGGGGCUUUGUCCUCCCCACCACCCCACACACAUUUUCUCAAAUCUUGUACAGUGGUACCUCAGGUUACAUACGCUUCAGGUUACAGACUCUGUUAACCCAGAAAUAGUACCUCGGGUUAAGAACUUUGCUUCAGGAUGAGAACAGAAAUCACAUGGGACUUCCGAGGGGCGGCGCGAACGGCAAUGGCGGUCCUCUUCUGAACGGGAGAGGAGGCUCCGCAGACAACGGGUCGUCCGCUACGGCGAAGCGGAGACCCACUCCGGAAAACCCCAGGCAGCAAGAGCUUGGGGUCUUGAGGCUCGGUGGGCGCCUUAAGUGACCCUCCAAACGUAAAAGGAACCUCGUAAGGGGCUCCGGAGCGUGGAGGGGGGUUGCGGCGCUGAGAGCUGCUUCACAGUCUGCGGAGUGAAGCCGCGCUGCUGCUGCCGGUGAGCGCUGAUCCUUUUUCCUGUUAAAAUACGGAUUCGGACGAAAAGCAACUUACUCGUGAGUAAAGACUGAAUCACUUGAAAUUAGAGACUUUAAAUGAAAAAUCUUAAAUUGGCUUGAACUUGGCUGAAAGCGGAGAGACGUGGAAACAGGAAGUCCGUCUUCCGCAGCCAUUGAACUUGAAAAAAGCAACUAAGUUGGAGGAGUGGAGGCUGAAAGAAAGAGAUUUUAAACUUUACAGAUCUAAGCAUCUAUUGAACUUGCAAUUUAAAGUAAAGACAUUAAGCUAAAGAUUUGGAAUUUUAACUUGCACUUGACUUUCCUCCUUUUAUUGGAUUACAAAUUAGAAGGUGAAACCCAGAGUCAGGAGCUGCCUGAGCAUUGAGAGAUUGAGCUGUCAGUAUUGCAGAUUUGGACACUGUAUAUUGGAACUUGCAACAAUCUGAGGGCAUUGAGACUUUUUAAAUUUGAAACAUUCUUUUUGGAGACAAAUAAGCACUGUCUGUAACAAAGUGACUACUUAUAAACUCUGCUAAACAUUUAUAUUUGAAGGUUCUUGGACAUUAAAUUAGACUCUGAAAGACAUUUUAAGCUCCCUCUAGAGGAUUGGAUUAAAACAGUGACUUUACAUCUACAUUUACUUUCGAUUCCCUUGUUGUUUGCUUGCUCUGGGCCUUUCUAUUCCCAUGGGAAAAACUCAGUGUGACCUUGACUGAUAGACAACGUUGGAAUGAGUGGCACAAGGAAAGAGGGAGAGUUAGACAAACAACUUUAACAACUCUAACCUCAGCCUCGCAGACACGUAGAUCAUCUGUACCUACUUUGCCCUCAGAAGUAGAACUUGAAGAAGUCGCCUUGCCACAGGCAAAAGAGGGAGAGGGUGAAGCAGAGCAGUUACAAUUGGAAGAUAUGGCCUCAGGAGCAUCUGUCUCUGUUCUAGACAAAAUCUUUGAAAAAUUGGAAGCUUUGGACAAGAAAGUAGAUGCGCAAUCAGCAAAGAUUGACAAAAAUACUGAAUGUCUAAAUAAAUUAACCAUACAAGUGGUACAGAAUACACAAGCAAUUGGACAGUUAACGGAGGCCUCAGCAGAAAAUCGGAAAUUGGCUGAGGAUACUAGACAAAAAUUGGAAAAUUUAGAGCAAGAGGUAAGACCACUCACUAAACAAGUUGGGGAACAUCAGACUUAUCUUUCUAUGAUAGAACUGCGAAAUCGUGAGAAUAAUUUGAGGAUUAGAUCAUUACAAGAGGCAGAAGAAGGAAAUUUAACUGAGUUUUUGACUAAAGAAUUUUCCAAGUUCUGGAAUUUGGAAGAAAAGGAUUUUAAAAUUGUGUCGGCUUUCAGACUUGGAAGAUUCAUAAAGAAGGAGAGGCCCAGAGACUGUUUGAUUACAUUGAGAUCAAAGGAGGAAAGGGAUAAGAUUUUGGGCCUACAUUACGGAAAGUCACUGGAGGUUUUGGACAGAAGAAUUGAAAUUUAUAAAGAUAUUCCAAGACAACUGCUGGAUCUUAGAGCUGCCUAUUCUGAACUUGCUAAACUACUAAGGAGCAACGCAAUUCCAUUCAGGUGGGAAUUUUCCCAAGGAAUAUCUUUUACCUUUAAAGGGAGAAAGGUCAAAGUUAGAACAUUGGAAGAGAGAGACAAAUUUUUGGCUACAUACGGAGAGGACCUUCAAAAAGGAAUUGAAUUACCUUCUGGGCCUGGGGCAGAGCCAGCAUUAACACCAGCACCUGGGGAACCUGAAGAUCCAGAGAAGACACCACCCCUGGAGAAAUAACCAGAUAGAUCCAGGAUGUCUCUGCAAUUGCUGAGUUGGAAUAUUAAUGGUUGUAACAUUCCGGAAAAAGGAAGAAAAUAUUUCAUAUAUUAAAAAAGAACAAUUGGACAUUAUCUGUUUACAAGAAACACAUGUGACGAGGCUCCACAGAAAAGUGUUAAUAAAUAAAAGAUUGGGCCAGGAAUUUGUUUCGUCGGACAAAGUUAAGAAGAGAGGCGUGGUGAUAUAUGCAAAAGAGAGCCUGUCACCUAAAUUUUUAUUUAAAGAUGAACACGGAAGAAUUUUGGCCAUUGAGAUACAAUAUCAAGGAGAGAAACUGUUGAUAUUAGGAAUUUAUGCACCUAAUGAAGGGAAAUCGGAAUUUUACAAGAAGCUGCAGGGGACAAUGCUGGACUAUCUGGAUUACAACAACAUCAUAAUGAUGGGAGAUAUGAACGGGGUCGUGUCAACUAACAUGGACAAGUCACAAAGUCAAAAUGUUACAAAAGACGGCAGACUACCUAAAACCUUUUUUGAAAUGACUGACAAUAUGGAUUUGAUUGACAUUUGGAGGACAAAGAACCCACUAGGUAGAGAAGGAACAUUUUUUUCUGAAGCCCAACUGACCUGGACAAGAAUCGACCAAAUAUGGAUUUCUAGAGGCCUGGCACCUAAGGUCAGAAAAGUGGAAAUCUGCCCAAAGACCUGCUCUGACCAUAAUGCAGUAAAGAUGGAUAUGACACUACUACCAACUGGAUCCUUUAGAUGGAAGAUGAAUGACAAUUUGUUUAGAGAUCAGGAAAUUACCAAGAAGGCCCAAAAAGUUUUGAAGGACUAUUUUGAGAUAAACAUGAACAAUUCGGUGGAAAAAGAAUCGUCUGGGACGCAAGCAAAGCAGUAAUGAGGGGAUUCUUGAGACAACAGAAUGUAGUAAAGAAAAGAACACAAAAUGAGAAAAAGAUAAGAUCUUGGAUAAAAUAAAAGAAUUAGAGAAGAAAUUAAGAGUGAAUCCAAAGUCACAGCCAACUCUGAGAGAAAUUAAACUUUAUCAAACACAAUAUUCUAAAUUGAUAAAUCAGGAAAUCGAAUGGAAGGUUAAAUUAAUGAAACAAAAACGUUUGAGUCGGCGAAUAAAUGUGGAAAACUGCUAGCUUGGCAGUUGAAGAGAAGACAAAGAUUAAACACGGUUACAAACUUAGAGGUUGAUGGAAAAACAUUCAGAAUCCAGUGGAUAUUAGAAAGUGUUUCCAGAGAUAUUUCAAAAAAUUAUACACCCAAGGGCCGCAAGACGAAGUUGAGAUUAAACAAUUUUUGGCAAAAAAUGGACUAUCUAAAUUGUCACAAGAAAAUAGGACAAUCCUGAAUUCUAAAAUAACACGACAGGAGAUUGAACAAGCUAUUCAGAACAUGCAACUUGGCAAAUCUCCAGGGCCAGAUGGGCUGACCUCCAAGUAUUAUAAGACAUUAAAAGACUAUUUGAUACAACCUUUGAUGGAGGUCAGCAAUGAAAUUUUGGAAGGGAAGAGGGCACCGGAUUCGUGGAAGGAAGCGUUUAUCACAUUGAUACCAAAGUCGGAAGCUGAAAAGACACAACUUAAGAACUACCGCCCCAUCUCCCUUUUAAAUGUGGAUUACAAAAUAUUUGCAGAUAUUUUGGCAAGUAGAUUUAAAAAGUCUUAAAUGAAGUAAUUCAUAAGGACCAGGCCGGUUUUCUCCCAGGUAGACAUCUGUUUGCUAAUACAAGGAACAUUAUUGACAUUUUGGAACUUCUGCAAACAGAUAUAAAUACAAAAGCAGUUCUAAUUUUCAUAGAUGCGGAGAAGGCCUUUGACAAUAUCUCCUGGAAAUUUAUGAUGGGAAAUUUAAAAGAGAUGGGAGUGGGACGGGGUUUUGAGAAUGGGAUUGAGGCGAUAUAUUCAGAACAGAAAGCUAAACUGAUAGUUAAUAAUGUGGUCACAGAAGAGUUCAAAAUUGAAAAAGGGACACGACAAGGUUGCCCUAUCUCCCUUUGUUAUUCAUUUCGGUUCUGGAAGUGCUAUUGAACAUGAUUAGAGGGGAUCGGUUGGUGGAAGGAAUUCAGGUCGGUCAGAAACAAUAUAAACUAAAAGCUUUUGCAGAUGACCUGGUUUUGACCCUGCAGAAGCCAGAGCCCAGUACGAAAAGAGUAUUACAAUUGAUUAAUGAUUUUGGUCGGGUGGCUGGAUUUAAAUUAAAUAAACAGAAAACUAAGGUUUUGGGGAAAAAUUUGACUGAUACAGAGUCAGAACGGUUUCAGAAUGAGACGGAACUCAAUGUGGUUAAAAAAGUAAAAUACCUAGGGGUAAACAUAACAGCAAAAAAUCUAAGUCUAUUUAAGGACAACUAUGAAAAAUGCUGGACAGAAAUUAAAAGAGACUUAGAUAGUUGGUCAAAAUUGAAACUUUCUUUGUUAGGCCGAAUUGCUGCUAUUAAGAUGAAUGUAUUGCCAAGGAUGUUGUUUUUAUUUCAGACACUUCAGGUUUUGGACAAAAUGGAGUGCUUUCAGAAGUGGCAGAGAGAUAUUUCUAAGUUUGUCUGGCAGGGCAAAAAGCCCAGAAUUAAGUUUAAGAUAUUAACUGAUGCAAAACAAAGAGGGGGCUUUGCCCUGCCAGACUUAAAGUUGUAUUAUGAAGCCGCAGCGUUCUGCUGGCUAAAAGACUGGCUACUUCUUGAAGACACUGAUGUGUUAGAUCUGGAAGGGUUUAACAAUGUUUUUGGAUGGCAUGCAUAUUUAUGGUAUGACAAAGUUAAAGCAAAUAAGGCCUUCAAGAACCAUAUUGUCAGAAAAUCACUGUUUAAUGUCUGGAUAAAAUAUAAAGACUUGCUGGAAAACAAAACACCAAGGUGGCUUUCACCUUUGGAAGCUAAGGCCCGAAAAAGACCCAAUAUGGAGGCUAAAUGGCCAAAAUAUUGGGAAAUAUUAGAAAAGGAUGGAGACAAUUGGAAAUUGCAGAGUUUGGAGAAAAUGAAAGACAAAGUGCGAGAUUGGUUACAUUACGCUCAGAUUAAAGAAGUUUUUAAAAAUGAUAAGAAAUUAGGGUUCCAGGUGGAGAAAUCGAAACUAGAAACAGAAUUGUUAGAACCAAAGAUUAAGGUACUUUCAAGGAUGUAUAACUUGCUGUUGGAAUGGAAUACACAAGAUGAAACGGUUAAAUCGGCUAUGAUAAGGUGGGCACAGGACAUUGGGUAUAAUAUUAUGUUUGAGGACUGGGAAAGGUUGUGGAGUAAUGGAUUGAAGUUUACUGCAUGUAACGCUCUGAAAGAAAAUGUAAUGAAAAUGAUUUAUAGAUGGUAUAUGACCCCAGUCAAACUUGCAAAAAUUUACCACCUGUCUGAUAAUAAGUGUUGGAAAUGUAAAGAGUCUGAGGGAACGUUCUUCCACCUCUGGUGGACUUGCCCUAAAGUGAAGGCGUUCUGGGAGAUGAUUUAUAACGAAUUGAAAAAGGUAUUUAAGUAUACCUUCACUAAGAAACCAGAGGCUUUCCUUUUGGGUAUUGUCGGCCAAGGGGUGGCAAGGAAAGAUCAGAUAUUUUUUAUGUAUGCAACAACAGCAGCAAGGAUACUCCUCGCAAAACAUUGGAAAACUCAAGAUCUACCCACACUGGAAGAAUGGCAGAUGCAACUGAUAGACUACAUGGAACUGGCUGAAAUGACCGGCAGAAUCCGUGACCUGGGAGAAGAAAAGAUUGAGGAGGAUUGGAAGAAAUUUAAGAACUAUUUACAAAAAUAUUGUAAUUUGAGUGAAUGCUAAAUAAGAUGCUAGACUAAAAUAACUGAGCACCACUAAAUUUAGAAGUUUUCUAUGAAAAUAAGUAAGACUGUGAAAAUUUAACUCCCUUUGAAAAUUAUAAGAUUAUGAAAUAUAGAAGCGAUAUAAGAAUUUAAAUAAGAUGAUAAAUUGCUGACAAAAUGUUAUAACGAUGAAAGUGGGAGCGGGAGAUGUGAGGAAGUCCAAAGAAAAUGUGAAAAUUAUGUCAAGACAAAGGUCAUAUUGUUUAAUAUGUUUAUUUUUAUUGUAAAACCCAAUAAAUUGCUUUAAAAAAAAAAAAAGAGAACAGAAAUCACAUGGCGGCGGUGUGAGGCCCCAUUAGCUAAAGUGGUGCUUCAGGUUAAGAACAGUUUCAGGUUAAGAACGGACCUCCGGAAUGAAUAAAGUACUUAACCUGAGGUACCACUGUCUGUAGAAUGUUGGCUGUCUACUUUUGGCCUGUAAGAUGGACCAACUUCCCCAUAUCUCAUAGAAUUUACCAGUCACAGAAAGCCCAUGCACCACCUGCAGCUGUGAAGCAAAUGAAGGAGGACAUGCUCAGGAAGGACAUAUCUGCUCAAGUUUCCACCGCCAACUGCCCCGUCUUUCCUACUCAUUCAGGCACAGAAAUCAAACGAUAACCUCGCUCUCAUCCAGUUAACCCACGAUCUAGCUUUGGAAAGCUUUGUAAGUUCCCACAACUGGGGGCAAAGUUCAGGCGUCUUUUUUUUCCUCUUUGUAUAUAAUUUUUUAUUAAAUUUUCUGUUUUCCAUUUUAAAAUACAGUGGUACCUCAGGUUACAUACGCUUCAGGUUACAGACUCCGCUAACACAAAAAUAGUGCUUCAGGUUAAAAACUUUGCUUCAGGGUAAGAACAGAAAUUGUGCUCCGGAGGCGCGGCAGCAGCAGGAGGCCCCAUUAGCUAAAGUGGUGCUUCAGGUUAAGAACAGUUUCAGGUUAAGAACGGACCUCCGGAAAUAAUUAAGUACUUAACCCGAGGUACCACUGUACUCAUUUUUACAUCCUUAAAAUAGCAAUGACUUCCCUCUUCUCUUCCAUGGUUCAUUUUACAUAUCAUAAAUCCCUGCAUAUUUUACAUAAACUUAAACCAUUCAGUAUUCCAUUAUUACAUCCAUCAACACUUGAAUUUAUCUUAAUGCUGCCAAUGUUUUCAGCUGUACACAAUUAUUUCCCAUAUAUUCAAUAAAUGUUUUCCAAUCUUCUCUGAAUAUAUGUUCUUCUUGUUCUCUGUUUCUAUGUGUUAAGUCUGCAAGUUGUACAUAUUCUGUCAACUUAAGUUGCCAUUCUUCUUUGGUUGGGACUUCGCUUGUUUUCCAUUUGGGGGCUAACAAAACACGGGUCGCAAUAGUGGCAUACAUAAAUCACCUUUUUUGACACCUGGGAAUUUCAGUCUGAAUUAUCCCCAACAGAGAGGACUCUGGGGGUGGGGUGGAGUGGGGAGUACUUUGAAACAUUUUUUCCAAUUCAUUAUGGAUCAUUUCCCAAUACUCUCAUUCCCUUUUACAAGUCCACCACAUAUGAAGGAACUUUCCCUCCACGACUUUGCAUCUCCAUGUCCAGGCCUUUCUAGAUGACCCUUCAAGAUAGCCACAGAUCAUGCCCAUCUUAAGACAUACCCCUCCAUCCAGGCCACAUCACUCACCCCCUCUGCUAUGUGGUCUCCUUGCGUGUUUCUGGUCAUCUGGAUUGUGUCCUUGAAUUCUGACAACACUUCUAGAUUGUCUGAAUUGAUAAGAAAGGGGAGUGAGAGCUAGAAACCAGCCUAUGCUACAAAGGUAACAUCACUAGAUGUUGCUCCACCCACUUUCACCUCAGCCCCCCUCCCUCAUUAUCCAGAACAUGAUCCAGAUGGGCUUGUAGUUCUCUAUCUGAACAAUGUCCCCCACCCAGAGUUCUGAAAAAUUUCAGCUGUGGACUUAAUGAACUAAAUGGGAUGGGAGGGUCUUUAUAUGGCAGUGGGUGUUGCUCCACUUCAUAACUGGUGCAUUUAGGGAACCUUCUGCUCAUUCUACUGUGAUGAACCCUGGGCAUCAUCUGCCCUUAGGUUAUGUACAGUUGUACCUCGGAAGUCAAACAGAAUCCAUUCCGGAAGUCCGUUUGACUUCCGAAACGUUUGACUUUCGAAGGGCGGCUUCUCAUUGGCUGCAGGAAGCUCCUGCAGCCAAUUGGAAGCUGCAGAAGCCCCAUCAAACAUUUGGCUUCCAAUUUAACGUUCGAAUACAGGAACACUCACUUCUGGUUUUCAAUCAUUCGGGAGCCAAAGCAUUCGACUCCCAAGAUGUUCAGGAGCUGGGGUAUGACUGUACAGUGGUAGCUCAGGUUAAGAACUUAAUUUGUUCCAGAGGUCCGUUCUUAACCUGAAACUGUUCUUAACCUGAAGACCGCUUUAGCUAAUGGGGUCUCCUGCUGCCACCGCGCAAUUUCUGUUCUCAUUCUGAAGCAAAGUUCUUAACCCAAGGUACUAUUUCUGGGUUAGCGGAGUCUGUAACCUGAAGUGUCUGUAACCUGAAGCCUCUGUAACCUGAGGUACCACUGUAUUUGGUAACACUAUGACCCCUUAAUUUUUAUCUUGGCCAGAGUGAGGCCUGCCCUCAACAUCAUCAUGCAAAUUUCUCCUUUGAUCAUUGGCUUUUCACGGAGAGAAGCAAGUAGAUAAAGACACUCUUGCAGAACCAAUGAGCAUACAACCAAUCUGCGCGAAGGAGACAGUUGAUAUUUCCGGGGGAUUUCAGAGAGGGGGAAGAAGAUCCCAUCUAGAUCUUUAGUCAGACUCUAAAGGAGUCUUACCAUGGCCUGGUACCUGCUUUUACUGUAACUUCUCAGCUACUGCUCAGGUAAGAGUGUGGAAGAUGCACAUCAUGUUGGGUAACAUCAAAACUUUAUCUGCCAGAGGGAGAUAAAGCUUCUAUGGUAUUUGAAUGCCAAAGUCAUGGUUUCUUUCUCUUUUUUUUAUGAAAGGUGUCACUUCACAACCCAGUUUGACUCAGCCUGCCUCCCAGUCGGUGUCUCUGGGCCAAACUGCUACACUCUCCUGCUCUAGAAAUGGUGCUACUUCCUGGGAUGAUAUUCACUGGUAUCAACAGAAACCUGGACAGCCUCCCCGUUUUCUGUGGUAUGGAUCCAGCACCCGGGGAGAAGGGGUCCCAGCUCGCUUCACCGGUUCUGACUCGGGCUCAUUAACUAUCUCUAACAUCGAGGCUGCAGAUGAAGCAGUUUAUUUUUGUUGUGACUUCGAGCUUGACAGUGACACGUUCCACAGUGAAAUAAACUGAUGGGGAACUGAGACAAAAACCUUCUCUGUUCUUUCUUAUGAGUGUAGAAUCCUGAAUCAUUCAAGAGCAUAGCUGCACGUGAAUGACUUUUGUUAGUUUUCGACAAGAACGUGCAUUAAAAGUUAUCAAGUUAUUUAGACUAAAGAAUCCUAUUGGAGAUAUGACCUUGUAUUAAAUAUCUGACACAUGUCCCAAUAAACAAUGCUCUUCAUGUUUUCACUGGCCUUGUUGGCAAUAAAGCCACUUCCGACUUAGAAGGGCCAAAGCUCAGGGGAGAAUACCUGUUUUGCAUGCAGAACGUCCUGGGUCCGAUUUUUUAUCGUGUUUUUAAUAUUCCGUUGGGAGCUGCCCAGAGUGGCUGGGGAAACGCAGCUAGAUGGGUGGGGUAUAAAUAAAUUAUUAUUAUUAUUAUUAUUAUUAUUAUUACAAGAUCUUCUACAUGGCAAGGGCAGGAAAAUGUCCUUCUGAAGUGCUUUCCUUUUGACCCCAGGGAAAAUUGUUGUACAGAAACAUGAAUAUAAGGCAAAAUUAUAUAUCUGUGGAGAAAAUGAACUAAAAGCAUUAAUAAGGACUUUGCCUUCUUCUUCUUCUCCUUCUUCUUCUUCUUCUUCUUCUUCUUCUUCUUCUUCUUCUUCUUCUUCUUCUUAGAAUCAUAGAGUUGGAAGAGACCACAAGGGCCAUCGAGUCCAACCCCCUGCCAAGCAGGAAACACCAUCAGAGCAUUCCUGACAUAUGGUUGUCAAGCCUCUGCUUAAAGACCUCCAAAGAAGGAGACUCCACCACACUCCUUGGCAGCAAAUUCCACUGUCAAACAGCUCUUACUGUCAGGAAGUUCUUCCUAAUGUUUAGGUGGAAUCUUCUUUCUUGUAGUUUGGAUCCAUUGCUCCGUGUCCGCUUCUCUGGACCAGCAGAAAACAACCUUUCUCCCUCCUCUAUGUGACAUCCUUUUAUAUAUUUGAACAUGGCUAUCAUAUCACCCCUUAACCUCCUCUUCUCCAGGCUAAACAUGCCCAGCUCCCUUAGCGGUUCCUCAUAAGGCAUCGUUUCCAGGCCUUUGACCAUUUUGGUUGCCCUCCUCUGGACACGUUCCAGUUUGUCAGUGUCCUCCUCCUCCUCCUCCUCCUCCUCCUCCUCCUUCUUCUUCUUCUUCUUCUUGUGUCAAAAUAUGGAAAACUGAACCAAAGAGUGGGAAAAGGUGUAACAGAGAGAAGCUGUUACUUAGCAUUACUCCCCUAAUACUGAGAUCAAAAUUUGCUGUGAAAUCCAAGUCUUGGAUUAAUAAUGUUGAAACUAGAAAGCUAACAGAUAUUGGCAAGAUGCAAAAAGGAUCCAAAGCAGGCAGAGUGGGAUUCCUUGAAAACUGGAAUUUAUUAUGUAAACUUCAUUUGGAAUGUCAUAAAUUCAAAUUCAACCUUAGAAGAGCACUGCUGAAAUUACAGCUAUGAAGAAAAUCCUUAAUUAAAUAAUCAUUUCAUCUUGGAUUAGUGGGUGAGUUUUCGGCUUGCGUUUUCUCAAAAUAAUAAUAAUAAAAAAUACAGUCAUACCUUGGAAAUCCACACUUCUUCAGAUUCUUCAUGCACACGAAAGCUCAUACCAAUAAGAAACUCAGUUGGUCUCUAAGGUGCUACUGGAAGGAAUUUUUUUAUUUUGUUUUGACUAUGGCAGACAAAAACGGCUACCUACCUGUAACUAAGACUGACUAGAUUGUGAUUUCAGUAUUUUGCUUUGAAAUGUGAUGCAGGCGUUUUGUGGUGUCUACUGUUCUGGCUUCAACCUCCAGGGGACAAUGUUGGGCCACCUACCCGUUUUUUUAAAAAAAAGUGAAUUAUAUUACGAAACGGAAAAUUGUUACAAAAACUGAACUGUUGGGGUGAAGCGAAGCGUCAGAAUGUUUUUUCUUAUGCCUGAGGACUCGCUUAGGAGACAUUUGCAUGAGGAGCAGUGCUGAUGAGCCACUCCUCCCUCGUAAUCAUAGUUUGCCAUGGAGAGAAGUUUCCAUUGCAACCUGGACAAAGCUUCAGAGUUCGGGAGCUGAUUUUAUUUCUUAAUUUCCACCUUUGUUGUGAGUCCCUGAAUCUGAGAAAGGAGGGUGGUGGGUUGGCUUCUUUCAACAAGGAGUGCUUAAAUACGUUUGCAUAUUAUUAUUAUUAUUAUUAUUAAGCAUCAUCAACAUUCAGGGAUAUGUUCAAGCCAGGCAGAAUCAUUGGGGACCACAGCACCAUGUAAGUGAGGCAUGUGGCCUAAAGAGGGCAAGUUCUGAGCACGUCCUGAGAGCCACAAAAGGAAAUAUCUGGAGGAGCUUCUCCACCUUCCAUUGCUCAGCCCGGACACUGAGGUCUUCCUCCGAGGGUCUUCUGCUGCUUCCCUCACUGUGAGAAGUGAGGUUACAGGGAACCAGGGAGAGGGCCUUCUUGACAGUGGCACCCUGCCUCUGGAAUGCCCUCCCAUCAGAUGUCAAAGAGAUAAAGAACUACACAACUAUCAGAAGACAUCUGAAGGCAGCCCUGCAAUGGAAAAUUUAUGUUUGAAGUUUUACUAUGUUUUAUGUAAACUGUUAGCCACCCAGUGUGGCUGGGGCAGCCCAGCCAGAUGGGUGGGUAAUAAUAAUAAUAAUAAUAUUAAUAAUAAUAAUAAUAAUAAUAAUAAUAAUAAUAAUAAUAAUAAUUUUGGGAGGUCAUGUUCAGCCCCUGGUUCUAUAGCUCCCCAAUCAUGACCUAAACAAUACAUAGAAGCUUCAAUCUUCUGUGAAAACACCCCCUUCAUGCAAAAUCUGUUCUGUGGUCAUCUGCUGGAUGUUCCCUGCAUUUCCUCAUAUUCUUUCUAGCAAGGCCAACGGGUGUCGAGGUAUUUGCAUAAUUGCUCGUACCUCAUUUCCCAGGUGAUUUAAGAGGGUGGUAGGGAGGUGCCACAGGAUUAGAGAUCUGUUUGUGGGAUCCACCCUCCUUUUGACAUUCACCAUGGCCUGGAUCCUUCUUCUCGUCACAUGUCUCAGUUACUGUUCAGGUAUGUUUGUGGAGACCUAAUGUAUUAUUUGACUUGACUUCUGUUACUUUUCACAAGAAGAUAAUAAUUUUCUGAAAUCUGAGGGCACAGAAAAUGAUGCAUGUACCAGCAAGAAAGCUAUAGUCUUUCCUAAUAUUUGAGAACACUGGAAAUGAUUCAUGUGCUUUUAUUUGAUUUUUCUUUCUGCAAAGGUGUCACAUCGCAGACAACAUUGAUCCAGCCUGCCUCUGAGUCUGUGCUCCCGGGUCAAACUGUCAAACUCUCCUGCUCUAGAAGUAGUGGCAGCUUGUAUGCUUAUAGCUGGUAUCAACAGAAAGGUGGACAGGCGCCUCGUUUCAUGUUCUAUGCUACCAGCACCCGGGGAGACGGGAUCCCUGAUCGGUUCGCUGCCUCCACCUCUGGGAACACUUACUAUUUAACCAUCUCCAAUGUCCAGGCUGAAGACGAGGCGGUUUAUUACUGUGCUGACUGGGUAAGUAACGUGUUCCACGGUGGUACAGUCUAAUGGGGAACUGAUACAAAAACCUCUCUCUCACACUUCCCCUAGAGUUUUCAAACAAGGAUCGCUCAGGAGCUGGCUUAUACCAGAGAAGAAUGACAGAUCAAGUUGAUGGAUGAUGCUGAAAUCGUUAAAAUGACCGGAAGAAUCAGAAAUCAGGAAGGCCAAGAACUUCCACUUCUGAGAACACUGUUUAUUUGCAAUUUCCAACCUCCUGGCUAAAUUGUAUUCUCCUCAGGGGGGUCAACCUGAAUAAAAUAUUCUUAGGGGGGAGAGACAAGUAAGCCCUGCCCCACAACGCUGAUCACAGGACACGACCCACACAGCACCAUUUGAAUGGCAAUGCCCAUCAACUGGGGGGGGGGGGAGAGGCAGCCCCAUCAAACAUUUUCUUGGAGGGAGGGCAAAGGGACUUCAGCCCCUAGGAGUUGGCUCCUAUGAUCCCCCUUGCUGGUUUUGAAUGCUAUUUACUGGCUUUCUGAUGUUGUCUGGGUUUUGACUGCUUUGAUAGUUUUCAGUACUAUCUAUUGCAGACUUCUGCAAACUCGGCCCUCCAUAUGUUUUUGGCCUACAACUCCCACGAUCCCUAGCUAGCAGUGGUCAGGGAUAAUGGGAAUUGUAGUCUUAAAACAUCUGGAGGGCCGUGUUUGAGGAAGCCUGAUCUAUUGUCUUUGUGUCCUUUUGGUUUUAUUUAGGGAACCGCCAACAGGCCAUGAAUGAUCGGGGUGUAUAAUACAGUGGUACCUUGGGUUACAGACGCAUCAGGUUACAGACUCCGCUAACCCAGAAAUAGUACCUCGGGUUAAGAACUUUGCUUCAGGAUAAGAACAGAAAUCGCACGGUGGGGGCGUGGCAGCAGUGGGAGGCCCCAUUAGCUAAAGUGGUACCUCAGGUUAAGAACAGUUUCAGGUUAAGAACGGACCUCCGGAACGAAUUAAGUUAUUAACCCGAGGUACCACUGUACUGGCAAAAUUUAUCAUUUUUGAGUACCUUCUGGAUGGGACGUUGGAGUUCAUCUAACUGCUGAAUGCCGGAAUCUUGCAAACCUCAGCAUAUCUGACAUGUAGCUUCCCGUCCAUCGCUUAAAUGCCACCAUAGUGGAAGAUCCUAUCAUCUCUCAAGUCGUUUGAUCUAUUAUUGAGCAGCUUGUUACCAUUGUGAGGUUAUUAUUAUUAUUAUUUAUUAAAUUUAUAUACCGCCCUAUACCCAGGGGUCUCAGGGCGGUUCACAGAAUAAAAUCAAGAUAUAAAACCACAAAAUACACAAUAAAAAUAAAAGCAACCACCCUCCCCCACAAAAAAACCACAUUUUAAAAGGGCAUAGGAAGUAAAUCAAAUCAACCAAAGGCCUGGUUAAAAAGGAACGUUUCUGCCUGGCGCCAAAAGGUGUGUAAUGAAGGCGCCAGGCAAACUUGCCUGGGGAGAGCAUCCCACAGAUGGGGAGCCAAUGUAUUAUUAUAUACAUUGUUAUAUGUGUAACAUUAUACAAAAUAUAUAUUCCAGGUUUCCAAAAGUAAUUAGCAUCUAAACUGAUAUGUGCGACACCGCAUAGCUGUAUCAAAAUGAGUAUGAACUAUGUAGAAGAAUAAACAGAUUCACACAUUUUCAAUAUACAUGUGUGUGUUCACUGGCAAUAAACUAUGAUCCUUCCACAACAAUACAAAGCAGGACCUCCCGUGAAUGUUGUUUUCAAGCACAACUUCACACAACCAAAGUUGAACACACCCUUCUUCCUGGUGGGGAAAGCAAGGGGAAUGUGAAUGCAUAAGACUGACUAAACAAAAUUAAAAAAAUUCCUUUCAGUAGCACCUUAGAGACCAACUGAGUUUGUUAUUGGUAUGAGCUUUUGUGAGCAUCCACACUUCUUCAGAUUCUUCAUGCACACGAAAGCUCAUACCAGUAAGAAACUCAGUUGGUCUCUAAGGUGCUACUGGAAGGAUUUUUUUUUUUUUUUUUUUUUUGUUUCGACUACGACAGACCAACACGGCUACCUACCUGUAACUAAGACUGACUAGAUUGUAGACUUCCGGGUUGGUGCGAACAGCUAAUGGCGGAUUCUCUCCGAGCUCCGGAGGGAAUCGGCUCCGCUGGGGACGGGUCUUGCCGCGACGGCGACGCGGAGACCCUCAAAAACCGCAGGCGCGGAUGCCUGCGGACCUGGUGACUCGGUGGGCACCUUAAGCGCCCCCGACCCACGAAGAGCCUUUUAAAGGCUUCGGAGAGGGCACGGACGGCGGCGUGGUGCUGGGCGUAGACCGCUACCCCAGCGGAGCGGAGCCGUGUGCCAUGGCUGAAGAGCACUGACUUUUUUCCUUAAAUUGAACUCGAAAAGAAGCAACCCGUGAGUAGAUUGGAAUUGGACUUUAAAAUAUCUAUCUGUGAAUUUGAUACGACCGGGGAUGUGUUAAAGGGAAGUCCGCACCCCCUUCUGCAGACGAUUUAAAGCAAUAGCAGGAGAACUAAGUUGGAGAGUCUACCCUUUGGGGUGAGUUAAAAAGACAUUAACUUUCACGAUUUGAUAAAAGAAGUUUUGAGCUGGAGUGUAAGAGUGGAACUUUAGAAGUUUUUUCUCUUGUGGUGUGUAACCCCCUUCCAGGCCCGGGAGCGUCCUGCCUUUGAGCCUGUUGAAGAGGAAAGGAGUUUGACAGCUGUUAAAGCUGUCAAACGGGCAAUUUAAAGUAAAAAGCGUGUUAUUUAAGAUCUCCUGGACUAAAUGUGAUACAAUUGAAUUAAAGUGGUUCGAAACAAAGAAACAAAGAACGAGGCAAAGGACUGUUGGGAAAAGAUUACUAAGUAACCAGAUCCCUCUAGGGGGAAUUCUGAGACAUUACAAUGGCUGCGGAUGGAAAUUUACUAGCUGAAAUAGAAAGAAUGUGUUACUUUGUGGGAACUUUACAAGAGCAGAGUCUGGCUAUGAAUAAACAACUUACGACCUUGACUUCUGGAAUAAGCAGCUCUGCUGAAUGUAUUGAGGAUCUGAAUGAGAGAAAAUCUGCAGCUGAAUCGGAACAGAUAUCACAAGAAUUGAAGGAGACUAAACAAGGAAAGGAGAAAGCACAGAUGGAAAGUACCAACCAGAAGCCUACACAUGUGGAUUAUAAACAAGAAGACCCUUGGAUUACAUGGAUUACAAAUCUGCAAAAGAUGCGAAAGAUGAAGGAGGAGGCUCCUGGAGUACUUGGAAUUCAAGAACUUAAAAGAAAGAAGAAAUAUGAUGAGGGCCUCCAUUCUGAAUAUGAAGGACUGGUGGAACUUUUGCAGCAGUUGUCUCUAACUUUUCUUGUGGGAAGAAAAUCUGGCUUGACUGGGACAGAACUCCUUCGAGAUCCGAAGACCAACAUAAAGGACUACCAACAAAACCGGCGGAGAGGGACUGAAAGAGACUUGAAGGCCUCGGAUGUAGAAAUCCAGGCUAAGAACUGCUAUUGUAGAAAUGUACUUGGGAAGGGACGAACCGGGAUGGGAGGGGGAAAAUAGAAUUUUAAAAACACUUACGAUUUUUGGGUCUAGUCAAUAUGAUUGAUGCUUAAUAAAAAUGGGAAAUCGAUGGAAGGGAAUCUGAGCCCAACUUAGGAUAGAAUUUAAUCUUCUACAAAAGAUGUAAUAUUAACAGGGUAAGGAGGUAAAAUAAUAACUUGCUGACAUAAUUAUGGGAAUUGGGAUGUAUGAAGGGGGGGUGGGGGGAAGUCAUGGACCAAAGUUAAGAAAGUAAGAUUUUUGAAAUUAUACAUGUUUUUUGUCUUUGUCUUUUACGUGUGUUAUGUCUUUAUAAAAUGUGAAAAACCAAUUAAAAAAUUAAAAAAAAAAAAAAAGACUGACUAGAUUGUGAUUUCAGUAUUUUGCUUUGAAAUGUGAUGCAGGCGUUUUGUGGUGUCUACUGUUCUGGCUUCAACCUCCAGGGGACAAUGUUGGCCCACCUACCCGUUUUUUUAAAAAAUAGUGAAUUAUAUUACAAAACGGAAAAUUGUUACAAAAACUGAACUGCUGGGGUGAAGCGAAGCGUCAGAAUGUUUUUUCUUAUGCCUGACAACUCGCUUGAGGAGGAGCUGGCUUCCUGCACAACACCUUGAAAUCAACCUGAAUUGUGCAGCCUCAAUUUGCUGGUACGUGACUGAAUCUCACCUGAAAAUAAUGGCAAGCUGGAAUUGCCUUAAAUGAAGAAAUAGUUGGAGCUGCUAUAAGGCAGAUUCCCAUAAAUAAAAGGGUUUCAACACCAAGGCAGACACAACUGGCUGUCUUAGACACAACUGGCUGUUCUUAUGCCUGACGACUCGCUUAGGAGACAUUUGCAUGAGGAGCAGUGCUGAUGAGCCACUCCCCUCGUAAUCACAGUUUGCAAUGGAGAGAAGUUUCCAUUGAAACCUGGACAAAGCUUCAGAGUUCGGGAGCUGAUUUUAUUUCUUAAUUCCCACCUUUGUUGUGAGUCCCUGAAUCUGAGAAAGGAGGGUGGUGGGUUGGCUUCUUUCAACAAGGAGUGCUUAAAUACGUUUGCAUAUUAUUAUUAUUAUUAAAGGUAAAGGGACCCCUGACCAUUAGGUUCAGUCGUGACCGACUCUGGGGUUGCAGCGCUCAUCUCGCUUUAUUGGCCGAGGGAGCCAGCGUACAGCUUCCGGGUCAUGUGGCCAUCAUGACUAAGCCGCUUUUGGCGAACCAGAGCAGCGCACGGAAACGCCGUUUACCUUUCCGCCGGAAGCACUUUGAUGUGCUUUCGAACUGCUAGGUUGGCAGGAGCAGGGACCGAGGAACUGGAGCUCACCCUGUCACGGGGAUUUGAACCGCCAACCUUCUGAUCAGCAAGUCCUAGGCUCUGUGGUUUAACCCACAGAGCCACCUGCGUCCCUAUUAUUAUUAUUAUAAUUAAGCAUCAUCAACAUUCAGGGAUAUGUUCAAGCCAGGCAAAAUCAUUGGGGGCAACAGCACCAUGAAAGUGAGGCAUGUGGCCUGAAGAGGGCAUGUUCUGAGCACGUCCUGAGAGCCACAAAAGGAAAUAUCUGAAGGAGCUUCUCCACCUUCCAUUGCUCAGCCCAUACACUGAGGUCUUCCUCCGAGGGUCUUCUGCUGCUUCCCUCACGGUGAGAAGUGAGGUUACAGGGAACCAGGCAGAGGGCCUUCUUGACAGUGGCACUCUGCCUCUGGAAUGCCCUCCCAUCAGAUGUCAAAGAGAUAAAGAACUACACAACUAUCAGAGGACUUCUGAAGGCAGCCCUGCAAUGGAAAAUUUAUGUUUGACAUUUUACUAUGUCUUUAUGUAAACUGUUAGCUGCCCAGAGUGGCUGGGGCAGCCCAGCCAGAUGGGUGGGUAAUAAUACAUACACACAUAAUAAUAAUAAUAAUUAUUAUUAUUAUUAUUAUUAUUAUUAUUAUUAUUAUUAUUAUUUUGGGAGGCCAUAUUCAGCCCCUGGUUCUACAGCUCCCCAAUCAUAACCUAAGCAAUACAUAGAAGCUUCAAUCUUCUGUGAAAACACCCCCUUCAUGCAAAAUCUGUUCUGUGGUCAUCUUCUGGUUUUUCCCUGUAUUUCCUCAUAUUCUUUCUAGCAAGGCCAACGGGUGUCGAGGUAUUUGCAUAAUUGCUCGUGCCUCAUUUCCCAGGUGAUUUAAGAGGGUGGUAGGGAGGUGCCACAGGAUUAGAGAUCUGUUUGUGGGAUCCACCCUCCUUUUGACAUUCACCAUGGCCUGGAUCCUUCUUCUCAUCUCAUGUCUCAGUUACUGUUCAGGUAUGUUUGUGGAGACCUAAUAUAUUAUUUGACUUGACUUCUGUUACUUUUCACGAGAAGAUAAUAAUUUUCUGAAAUCUGAGGGCACAGAAAAUGAUGCAUGUACCAGCAAGAAAGCUAUAGUCUUUCCUAAUAUUUGAGAACACUGGAAAUGAUUUGUGUGCUUUUAUUUGAUUUUUUCUUUCUGCAAAGGUGUCACAUCGCAGACAACAUUGAUCCAGCCUGCCUCUGAGUCUGUGCUCCCGGGUCAAACUGUCAAACUCUCCUGCUCUAGAAGUAGUGGCAGCUUGCAUACUUAUAGCUGGUAUCAACAGAAAGGUGGACAGGCUCCCCGUUUCGUGUUCUAUGCUAGCGGCACCCGGGGAGACGGGAUCCCUGAUCGGUUCGCUGCCUCCACCUCUGGGAACACUUACUAUUUAACCAUCUCCAAUGUCCAGGCUGAAGACGAGGCGGUUUAUUACUGUGUUGACUGGGUGACAGGCAGUAAUGUGUUCCACGGUGGUACAAUCUGAUGGGGAACUGAUACAAAAACCUCUCUCUCACACUUCCCCUAGAGUUUUCAAACAAGGAUCGCUCAG